AAAAAAGUAUUUGCGUCUUUCUAUACGCUAGUAGGUCUAUAGCCUAUAAACAUUAAGAUCACAAAAAAUAUGACUCUUUCAUUAAAAAUUUGUUAAUUCUUCUAUCUCUGAAGUAAUUUUUUUUUUUAUAUGGAAAUCAAUGUAAAUAAUGAUGAUAAAACAAAGAAAACAUAAUAUAAGAAAUAAAAAAUCAAAUAGUACGUCACUAAUAAAAAUCGAAGAGUCCUCAAUUUGUAACAAUAAAAUACGACUUGAAGAAGUGAAACCUGAAGAAACACCGAAUUUAUAUACUCAAAGUACACCCAAAAGACAUGAUUCCAAUUAUAGCAAUAAAUCUCAAGAUGGUUCAGAUUCUCCUGAUUAUCGGUCGAGUUUCCCUUUAACACAAGAUGAAAAUAUUGAAGUUACAUGGGAUUGGAAUAGCGCGGCACAAAAAAAUGACAAUGAUAAUAGUAAAAAAUCCAGUGAUAUUACGACACCUAAAAGAACUGCAAUAAUACGUAGAAAACGUCCUCCAAGCUCUCCACUUUUCUAUAAACCGAUAAGGAAACAGUUAAUCAAACGAGAAAAUACUGAGGGAAUUGAACAGUUUAAAGCUGAAAUGAUAGCUUUAACAAAGCAAAUUAACAAUAAUAAAAAUUAUUCAGAAACUAUAAAAAGCAAUGACAAAAUUGGUACAAUUAUUGAUGCUUCUAUGAAAAUUAGAUUCAACGAUAUUGAUGAUGAAGCUGAUACUAAUAAUAUUAUUGAUGAUAAAGAUUUAUCACUGAAGAUUGAUAAUCAAGAAGAUAAUAAGAGUGUUGACGAUUUGUUUAACGAUUCUAUGGAUGAAGUGAUAAUAAAAUUUAGCCAGGAAACAGAAAAAAAAUUGAAUAUUUCUCCAACUGGUAACAUAAAUAACGGUAAUAGUGAAAGUUUAAUAAAUAACGAUCCCAGUCCAAAUUCAAAUUAUCUUUUAAAGUUAAAGAGUAAUGGAUCUUCAAAUAGUGUAAAUAUCGGAACAUUAAAUGAAAAUAAUAAUAAUAAUGAUAAUGUUAAUACGAGGAUUGUAAGUCAACCACAGAAACUUUUAAAUAAAAAUCGGUCAAGUUCACGGAUAUCUAGAACUCCUGAGAAACAAACCCUUGUAAAGACUGAUGAUAUAGAUUUAUUUAUUCCAGAUGAUUCAUUUGAUGACUUUUUAGUUAGUUGUGACAGUACUGAAACAAAAAAUAUAUCUAAAAAUAAUUUGUACUCAUCAACUGUCAAGCGUGUUGGGAUACAAACAAGUAGUAACAUCAAUCCAAUUAUUUCGACAACCAUGAAAUUAUCAAAUGAAUUUUUACCAAAAGUGCCAUCAACUUCAAUUUUGAAACCUCAUAGUAAUUUGUCUAAAAAUAAUACUACUAGUAUUAAUAGUUUAAUAAAAAAUCCUACAAAAGUUCAAAUCGGAUUGGGUAAUAAGUAUUUAGCAACAAAAACUUCGGGACCCCAAAUAAGAUCUCAAAAAAUAACAAAAUUUGAGUCAACAGUAACACCGACACGUACUUGGAAAUUUUUUAAAUCUAAAAGUCAUUCCGAUUCUAAUUUUGAUUGUAGUGAUAACCCAACAGGUAAAAAUGUAAAGCAAGGUCUCAGUGAAUCUCAUGACUCGUCACGAACUAAUUCAAGUUCUAGUUUGAAAAGUGGAUCAAAUUCUAAUACAGGUUCGAAAGGUAGCAGAGUAUAUGGUGGAAAAGCCGUAAGUAAUGCUGAUCAAACAAUUCAACGAGCAUGGACCUCUUCUAGUUUGGAUUCAAAUGUGCCAGAAUCAUUUAAUAAUCAAAAGGAUAAUGUAAAUAUGUACAAUGUUAACAGAUAUCGAGCAGAAAAAGGAAAUGGUGAAAAUAAAUACGGUAAUGAAGAAUCACAGCAUCAAUCUAACAGUAUAACAUCAAGUAUGCAGUCGAUGCAGAUUACUCGUACGCCAGAAGAAAUUGAGAGAAAUAGAAUAGAAGCAAUGCAAAAAUUAGAAGCAAGAAAGAGACGUUUGCAAGCUGCAAAUGCUACAAUCAAUUCCAGUUCAACGAUUAUUUCUUCAUCAAUUUCCAACACUCAACGAAUACCAGUUGAAAGUGUGAAAAGUUAUGAAGAUCGGCCAGUACGAAUUUUAGGUAUUGAAACUAGUUGUGAUGAUACUGGCAUUGCAAUUGUUGAUGGAGAAGGGAAAAUUUUAGGUGAAGCUUUAAAUUGUCAACAAAAUAUUCAUAUUAAGCAUGGUGGAAUUGUCCCAAAUAUAGCAAGAGAUUUACAUAAAGAUAAUAUUCAAAAUGUAUAUGAAAAUGCAUUACUAUCAGCCCAGAUUACACUAAAUGAUGUUGAUGCUAUCGCUACUACUGUCAAACCUGGUUUACCAUUAUCGCUUUUGAUUGGUGUAAAUUUUGGAAAAAAACUUUCGAAAAUGGCAAAUAAACCAUUUAUUCCGAUUCAUCAUAUGGAGGCACAUGCUUUGACUGCAAGAAUGACUGAAAAAAUUGAUUUCCCAUUUUUGACUCUUUUAAUAUCAGGAGGAAAUUGUUUACUAGCACUUGUCGAAAAUGAAUCAAAGUUUUAUAGGAUUGGAGUAUCACUGGAUGAUGCUCCUGGUGAAGCAUUUGAUAAAGUAGCACGUAGACUAAAAAUACAUAACAUUCCAGAAUAUCAAAAUAUAUCUAGUGGGCAAGCUAUAGAAUUGGCUGCUACUAAAGCAACAAAUCCCAAACAAUUUACAUUUCCAGUAGUUCUACCACAUUCAAGAUGUUGUAAUUUUAGUUUUGCAGGAUUAAAAACUUUUGCUAAAUUGACGAUCGAGCAACAAGAACAAAAAUUCAAUACUGCUAAAAAUGAAAUAAUUCCAAAUUAUGAAAAUUUCUGUGCAGCGUUUCAGUGGGGUAUAGCUCGACAUAUUGCUAUCAGAUUGAAACGAGCAAUGAUAUUCUGUGAUAUUAAAAAUUUAAUUCCGCAUGGAAAAUAUACUCUAGUAGUAUCGGGAGGAGUAGCUUCCAAUCAAUUUAUAGGAAAAAUAUUAGAAAUGAUCUGUUAUGAAAUGUCUUAUCGUUUAGUAAAACCUCCUCCAAGAUUAUGUACCGAUAAUGGAGUAAUGAUAGCUUGGAAUGGUGUGGAAAGAUGGCAUGCAAAUGUUGGAAUUCUCCGAGAUUCAAUAGAAAUAGAACAAGUUCAAAUGCAAGGCAAAGCACCUUUAGGAGAAGAUUGGACAGGAAAGAUUAAAAUUGAAGAUAUAAAAUGCAGUAUGAUGCGAGCAAAAGAAAUAUUCGGUUAAAAAUAUUCUAAUUACAAUUAAUGAAUUUUCAUGUGAAAAAAUCUUUUUGUAAAAAUAUAUUAAAAGUCUUUAUUAAAAUUAA